AUGAAGAUGGCCAGCCAAACCUCUUCUUCCAUCCUUCUCUUCAUCACCGCUCUAGUUCUCGCUGCGGCCUACGUGGAAGGCCAGAGCUGCAGGCCAAGUGGGCACAUUACAGGGAUAACUCCACCACCGGGGCAAUGCAACCAAGGAGAGGAAUCUGACUGCUGCCAGAAGGGCAAGCAUUACACCACUUACAAAUGUUCCCCUCCGGUCACCACCACCACGAAGGCGACUCUAACUUGGAAUAGCUUUGAGGCAGGAGGCAGUGGCGGAGGCCCAUCGGAGUGUGACAAUCAGUACCAUUCCGACGACAAGCCCAUCGUUGCACUCUCCACGGGAUGGUUCAACAAGAAAAGCAGGUGUCUCAACUUCAUCAACAUUCACGGGAAUGGCAACACUGUUAGGGCCAUGGUGGUUGAUGAAUGCGACUCCACCAUGGGGUGUGAUUCCGAUCAUGAUUACCAGCCUCCUUGUCCUAACAACAUCGUCGACGCAUCCAAAGCUGUUUGGAAGGCGUUGGGAGUGCCUGAGAGUGAAUGGGGCGAUCUGGAUAUCUCCUGGUCUGAUGCUAAUUGA